CUUCUACACAGACCGGUUGGUAAGGGCCGUAGGUUCCUUCCUUAGUCAAGCCCCACGACAAAUGCUGGUGGCGUUUGCCCCGCCGAGAGACGUGGCAGUAGUUACUCCCUCCGUUCACUUUCCGUUCACUUUUAUAAGUCGUUUCAGACAAGUAAAAUUGUGCUGUUUUACACACUGUUGGAAAUAUCUAUAAAGCCUUAUAAAAGUGAACAGAGGGAGUACCAUUUUUGCGCCUCUGUAACUUGACGGGCGCGCUUCCUUUCGUUGGGAAAAUGUAAACUUGAGGCACGAGCUACGGACCGGAACGUGGCCGCCGGCAAAAUAGCAUAAGACCGCAACGGAAGCAAGAACCAAGGAGGAAAGAAAGCACGUACGGCGGGGAGAGUAGUCACGGAUGCAGAUCUUCAUCAAGACGCCGACGGGGAAGACCACCACCCUGAAGGUCGAGAGCAGCUACACCGUCGACGAUGUCAAGUCCAAGAUCCAAGAUAAGGAAAGAAUCUCGCCGGACCAGCAGCGUCUCGUCUACGCGGGGAAGCAGCUGCCGGACGGCCACACCUUGGCCGACCACGGUGUCCACAAGGAGUCCACGAUCCACCUCGUGCUACGCCUCGGCGGAGGCUGGUGCUUCUACAAGUACGCCCCCGGCCUGCGAGCCCCCGCGAAAAAGUGCUAUGCUCGGCUGCCUCUUAGAGCUACAAACUGCCGCAAGAAAAAGUGUGGCCACACCAACCAGUUGAGGCCAAAGAAGAACAAGUACAGGAGGUACUAAAGUGCCAUGUGUCAAUGAAUCAACUUCUCACUACUCAUAUAGUCAUAUCAUCUGAGAUUCACAGUUCAUGUCCUGUUUAAUUACCUCGUUGUAACGUCCCGCUGGGUGUAAACCAUGAUUACAUAAUUACUCUCUCAAAUACAGAAGGUUGUCUUUGAGUCGUCACGAGCAACCAUACUACUAAGAGCCCGUUGGAAGGUGGUCUACUCUGGCGGUGCACACAGCUGGCACGAACGGUCCAACUGAUCCGUGAAGCAUAGGAAGCCCGUGCUAGGAAAAUGAGUGAGCGAAGUGCAAAUCCCACUCGAUAGCUGGUACCAAAAUGCUUAUAGCAAAACAUGACAAGUCCAGUCGGAAGCAAAAUUACAUAGCUCAUCCACAUAGUCGGGUACUAGCACGCCAGCCAAACUGGUUGAACAAAACUCAUGACCGUUUCAAAAUGUCUGGACCCGAAGGCCAUAAGCCCUCCCACGUCUACAGGCUGCAGUGAUGAUCACAUACAGAUUGAUGCGAUGCAUGGCUCUGUAGGUAACCUACAUUUUUUUUGGAAUAGAUGCUUGGUUAAAUACACAAUUAUUCUGGCAAAUACAAAUUGCCCAAUGAAGGACACAAACUCCCACACGGAUUUGACCCUUCAGUGGUGAAUACCACCUAACCAAUUACCAAACCAAUUUGGUAUACUUGUUGGUCGUGAUAAAUUGAAAGUAACAUGAAUCAUGCACCAAAUCAAUGUAGCAAACGGAUAUGAAAUGAAUAAAUGAUGAAUUGUUUUCUAUUAAUCGCAAAAUGAACAUUUUGUGCUACGCGGUCAAUUAUGUUUUGCAAAAUUAUCUUUUGUAAGAACUAACUCCCUCUGUAAGAAUCACAUGAAAACUUUGAUAUUAGAACUUCUGUUUUUUCAGAUGUGUUGUGCGAAAAAUAGACCCAGAAUUUAUAAAAUCCGCAUACAUCGGGGAAGACACCAUUGUUAGUCAACCUCCACUGUAACGAUACAGACAUCUCAAUUAAAUUGAUCGACACCAACGUACUAACCAAAUGGAUCCAGCCAGUUCAUUUGUCACUGAGUAAGGCUCUGCUAAAUUAACUAUUCAAUGGGCUAAUUAACCCCAAGACAGCUGCCACCGUGGCCUCCUUCCUAACUAUAAUAUUAUAAAGGAUCAGAUAUUGAAGAGCUAAUGAAGUGUCAACUAACCAAAUAUCUUCCCAAAAACUCGUCGAUUGGCCACCACUAACGUUAAUAAAACCUCUCAUGAAAAAAAAAAGACCUUCGCCAAGGCCUUCCUGGUGUGUAAGCCCCGACUUAUUUAGCUGUUCUUCACAUAAUUGCCUGUGUGUGUACAUGAUUACAUGUGACUCGCAUCGAUCAUUACAUGUGAUAAAAGU